AUGUCCUAUGACCGCUACGUUGCCAUCUGCAAGCCCCUGCACUACGGCACUCUGUUUGGAAGUAGAGCUUGUGCCACCAUGGCAGCAGCUGCCUGGGCCACUGGGGUUCUCUAUUCCCUGCUGCACACUGCCAACACAUUUUCUAUGUCUUUCUGCCUUAGUAAUGCUUUGGAGCAGUUCUUCUGUGAAAUCCCUCAGAUCCUCAAGCUCUCCUGCUCAGAAACAGACUACCUCAGGGAAACUGGGAUUAUUUAUUUCAGUCUUUGUUUAAUCUUUGGGUGUUUUGUUUUCAUUCUUUUCUCUUAUUUGUGGAUCUUCAGGGCUGUGCUGAGGAUGCCCUCUGAGCAGGGACGCCACAAAGCCUUCUCCAUGUGCCUCCCUCACCUGGCUGUGGUUUCCCUCUUUGUCAGCACUGUGAUGUUUGCCUACUUGAAGCCACCCUCCAUCUCUUCCCCAUCCCUGCAGCUGGUGGUGUCAUUUCUGUACUCAGUGGUGCCUCCAGUAAUGAACCCCAUCAUCUACAGCAUGAGGAAUAAGGAACUCAAGGAUGCUCUGUGGAAACUGUUGAACAAAUGGGUUUUGAAAUCAGUGAGCUGCCCAACUUUUUCUAUCUAA